AUGUCGGAUACAGGUCGCAGUGGACGUGAUACUGCAGGGCUUCGCCAACGCCGUGGAGGACGAACAGCUCGUUCAGGAGUAAAUAGCGGUGGUUUGUGGCGAUUUUAUACAGAAGAUGCGACUGGAAUAAAAAUUGGUCCUGUUCCUGUACUCGUUAUGAGUCUUGUUUUUAUCGCUUCCGUAUUUGUUCUACACAUUUGGGGAAAAUAUACACGAUCGCAUCAUUAA